AUGUCAGAGCGGUCUGUGCAACUUCCCACAAAAGACUGUCCGACCUGUCAAAGGCGACGCAUAAAGUGUGAUCGCGGUCUACCUGGAUGCGCAAAAUGUGCUAAGCGCAAAUUUGACUGUCCUGGCUAUGGUCUCCAGUUGAAAUGGGGCCAAGGAGUCGCUAGCCGUGGUAGAUUGCAGGGACAAGCGAUCCCGGUGCAUGAGACUAAUGCAUCGAACUCGAUGCUUGUCAGUAGUAAUGGGAGAAAUUUAUCAAGUGAUCUUCAAUUAGGUUUAGGGUCUGGUGUGAACUUUUUACGUAUCCAGCCUACUUCGCCUGCUACGCUUUUAGGUUCGCCUUCUGUUGAUUUGAGUCUAUCGGGUCCGAGACCUCCACAUGCGUCACGGUUAUUAGCCUGGUUUAAGGAACGCGUCGCACAGAGAUUAGCGUGGAUUGAUGGGCCCCAGAAUCCAUGGCGACAAAUUAUUCUUCCAUUAGCCGAAAACUCGGAGACGGUGCUUUCUUCCGUCCUGGCCCUUGCCGCUCAUGAUCUGGCUUCGCAAUACCCCCAGCAUGAUCUGUGGUUCGUCAAGUUCCAGGAUAUCUCAAAUGCAUACCAGAACAAAGCAUUAUCUCUCCUUGCGAAAGAACUGGGGACUCUUACCGCUUCGUCUUCUUCAUCUUCGUCUUCCAUCGUACAAUCCACACCCGACGCAUCAAUGACCCUCGCAUCAGUCAUAAUCUUAUGCAACAACGAACUUCUCAAAGCCCAAUCUUCUGGAUGGAAAAUUCAUCUUCAAGCCGCUCGCGAACUUAUUCUUGUCAACUCAAAUGCAAAAAGCUCAUAUCUCCAACAACAACUUCUUCGCAUUCAAGAGUUCCUUUUACAGGAGUUCUAUGCUACAUCCGUCUGGACUCAGCUAACUACCUUCGACGACAUGAAUGUAAUAAAUAAUAUCAAUACAGCACCCACAAGCACCGAAGAUGCAGCCGUCGCAGAUUUCAUCCGCAUAAUAUAUCAAACAAGUCAACUUGAGCGUUCGUCACGUCGUUCCGAGACACCUCUCCCCCUUUCACAAAUUGAAGAUAUCCUCACUCAAAUCGAAUCAGCGCGCAUAAAAAGUUUUCGAUUAUCUGAGAAAGUCGAUUUCUGGACUGCCUCUGAUAGAAAUGACUUCGAGCUUGUGGUUUGGAUGUUUUAUCAUGCCAAUCUUGUUUAUUGUGCGCAGGCUUUUCCGGUCCUGAGAGAAAGUGGUAGAGUUGAUGUUUUUGCUUCGAGAGAUAGGAUUCUGAAUCAUGUUAAGGAUCUUUCGGAGACGAGGAAUGGAAUGUGGGCGCAGGAUUUGGUUUGGCCGCUUUUUAUUGCGGGUACGGAGUUGAGAGGGGAUAAAGCUGGGCAGAGGUUUGUGGAGAAUGCGUUUAGGGAUGUUAUGAGGCUUAGUCGGACGUUGGAUCGGGCGAGGGUUCUUUCGUUUUUGGGGAUUUGGUGGGGUUUGGAAAUGGGGGGUGAGGAUGAGAGGUCGGGUUCUUGGAUUCAGUUGGCUAGGGAGAGACCUCAGGAUUUCAAUUUUAUGCUUUUAUGA